AUGAGGAGUCAUCGAGGAUGGGAAGUUCCUCAGAGCCCAUCCUGCACGGGGACAGGAAGCCAGUCGCCCUCAGCUGUAUUGAACGGACCGAGUGGGGCAGACACGGAGCAACAUGCUGCUGAUUUAGGACGCGCGAGAUCGAGGAGAAAGGGAAGAGGGCUGGUGGUAUCUGCACGAGCAGGAGCAGGAGAGGAUAGGCCUUCGAAGGAAGAAGGGCAACGUUCGACCACAGCUACGACGGCGCCGGGGUUCACCCGACACUCGUUCUUGGCGGGGACAGAAGGGACGACCGUCACAAACGUCGCCGCUGCGCCAAGCCCGCCUUUGUCUCCAAGACCUUCUAGGCGCCGUGUCCAUCACAGCAAGACACCGGGAACUCCCGCGGCUUCCCCGACUCCUACCGCCGCACGAAGACUCUCACGGAAGAACCCUCUGGCUGUUUGCCUGACCGUCGUAUCCAUCGCCGUCGCCGUCCUGCUCGUGAUCCUGGCAUUGGCCGCCUACGGCGGGCUCUGGCCCUGGCGAGAUCUGUUCCCUUACAGAGGGGAGCUGUUUCAACCCGACAGAGACUGUCGGCGGGUCAGCACAGGGGCCGAAGUAGCUUGCGGUAGCCCUUGGUCAGCUCCGUGCUUUGACCGCACCCGAUGUCGUAGCGGCGGCGGCCGAAGUGGCCGUCGACGGGCAAGGGCUGCGCGAGGCAGGGGCGGCAGCACGCGCGGCGCCGGCGGUGGUGACUUGCUGUCCGUAUACGUGCACGACGAGACGUGCUCCAUGAGGAAGAGCUCGGAGAUCAUGGCCAGCUAUCGGGGCGUGGCCGUGCCGCUCCUGUGGAACGAGGCGGCGAAGGCCCUUCGUCACGUCGCGGCAGAGAGAGAUCUGCUCAUGGACACCCCCGACGAGGCGUGUAUCGUCUUCUACGCGGUGCCUGAGAGAGGGGAGUGCGUGUCGAAGACGCCCACCUGGGGGGGGGGGCAAAACCACGUCCUGCUGGACUUGAACGACCAGAGCCGCCUGAGGAAGAUUUCUCCGCGGGACCGCAAGUACUUCGCCACCUUCAAGGGCAGCCUGUACCUGACCGGGAACGGCAUGUUGGAGCGGAGCGCGGUGCUUAACCUCAGGGGCGGGGGCGCCUCAGCAACCGCCGCCGCGGCCGGAGCACUCGACAAGGCGGCGGGCGCGAGCGGCGGCGGUGACGGUUCUUCUUCCUCCUCCGAUGUGGUGGUGGUCGAGCGGUGUCACCACCUUCACCACGAGCAGCUGCUGUCGUGGAACAAGGGUCUGUGCGACGCCUCCGAGCGGGACUUCGACAGCGUCAGCUACGAGGACCUCAUGAACACCACCUUCGCGCUGCUGCCGGCCGGCCGGUCCCCGGCGACCUACCGCCUAGCGGAGGCGCUGUCGGCGGGCGCCCUUCCCGUCUUCAUCCACCAGGACUUCGUCAAGCCGUUCCCGGGGCAAGUUCCUUGGUCGGAGUUUUCGUUUUCUUUCCCGCCGGAGGAGGCGCCGCGAAUUUUGGAAACCUUGAGAGCUGUCCCUGACAAGAAGCUGGCGCAGAUGCAGGUGACCGCUCUCGAGGUCUUCGACACAUACUUCGGCCCCGGGAUGGGGAACAUGCUGCACACCGUGCUCGACAUCUUGGAGGACCGGCUACACUUCCGGGCGCGAAGACGGAGGCGGCGGCGAUGACACGACGACGCGUGCCCUCACGUUGUUGUCACCUCUCUCGCCGCACUGAUUGUCCUGUUCACUUGCAGCCAUCCCCUGUGCGAGAGUGAGCGAGGUUGUGCUCGGGUUGGCCUUUUGCUCGCGUGUUACAGAGAAGGGACGAGAAAGGGCGGUUGGAAUAUCGGCUGGGCAAUACAGAGCGAGGAAACUUGUAUACGAGAGACGGCUCCUGGA